UCUUGCUAGAGAAUGUCUUCGCUCUGACAGGAUGCACAUUAUCAAUGUCAUACAGGGCAUGUAAGUUAUCUUAAUAAUUAGGUGCAUGUAUAAUUAUCUUACUUUGAUGAAAUAUGAGAUCAGUAAAUGCAAAUUAGGUAAAGAGAAGUGAGAAGUUCAUUCUAAAUACUGAAUUCCCAACUUGGUUGACUUUUUCAUCGGCUGACACUGCAGAAAUGGAGAUCGAGUCAAUGGUGGCUAAUUGUGCUCUCAUAAAGGCGCGAGAAGUUGGUAACAUUGGUAAUCGUAAAGGGAGAAGUCGAAAAUGGAAGGAAUUUCUGCGUUUCCCGCAUAUAAACGAGUGCACACAGCUGGAGAAAAGCAUCGAGCGAGACUACAACAGUCUGUGUGUGAAGCAGCCCAUUGGAAAGCAACUCUUCCGAAUGUUUUGUGCAACUAGAUCCGAUCUGCAGUAUUGCAUUGACCUCUUGGAUGCAAUGGAAGAGUAUGAGGUCACGCCGGAUGAAAAUAGAAUGAACUUUGGCAAGCAACUCAUUACAAAAUAUCUCACCUCACAGCCUGUUCAAAGUAUGCAGGGAAUUUUAGAGAGCCAUAUUCAGAGGUGCAAAUGCAUCCUGGAGUCCCGAGCAUCUGAAGAUGUCUUCAAUGACUGCCAGAAAGCGCUCCAUGAGCACUUGAGCGGAGCUCCUUUUGCAGAAUAUCAGAAGAGCAUGUACUUUGACCGUUUCCUGCAGUGGAAGAUGGUUGAGAGACGGCCGACCACCAGAGACACAUUUAGAGAAUAUCGUAUUUUGGGAAAGGGCGGGUUUGGAGAGGUAUGUGCUUACCAAUCCCGCGCAUCAGGAAAAAUGUACGCCUGUAAAAAACUGGAGAAAAAACGUGUGAAGAAGCAGAAGGGGGAAUCCAUGGCCCUCAAUGAAAAACAGAUUCUAGAGAGGGUGAACAGCCGAUUUGUGGUCAGUUUAGCUUACGCUUUCGAGACUAAAGAAGCUCUUUGUCUGGUGUUGACGCUGAUGAACGGAGGAGACCUGAGAUUUCACAUCUAUAAUAUGGGCACGGAGGGGCUCAGCAAAGACAGAGUACAAUUUUAUGCAGCUGAGAUCCUGUGCGGAUUGGACCAUCUGCAUCAGAAGUCAAUUAUUUAUAGAGAUUUAAAGCCAGAGAACAUUCUAUUGGAUGAUGAUGGUCACAUUCGGAUAUCGGAUUUGGGACUUGCCGUAAUCUUGAAAGAAGGAAAACCCGUCAAAGGCAGAGUGGGCACAGCCGGGUACAUGGCUCCAGAAGUCAUCGCCAACACUUACUACAGUGUAAGUGUGGACUGGUGGGGACUUGGGUGUCUUAUAUACGAGAUGACAGCCGGACAUGCACCGUUCCAUAAUCUCAAAGAACGACUUCCCAGACAGGAGAAGGAACGGAGAGUUCUGGAGAUGACAGAGUCUUACGGGAGUAAAUUUGACGAGGAUACCAAGUCCAUCUGCAAAAGCCUCUUGACUAAGAACCCAAAGGAGAGACUUGGCUGCAAGGCAGAGGCCGGAGCAGAGGUCAUCAAAGGUCAUCCGUUCUUCAAGGAUAUCAACUUUACGAGGCUGGAGGCCGGAAGGAUAGAACCACAGUUUGUUCCUGAUCCAAGAGCGGUUUACUGCGCAGAUGUUCUGGAUAUCGACCAGUUCUCCACCGUUAAAGGCGUGAUCCUCAACGAGUCGGAUGAUGAUUUCUACGCCAAAUUUAACACGGGUAACGUGCCCGUCACGUGGCAGAACGAGAUCAUUGAAACAGAGUGUUUUAAGGACCUGAAUGUGUUCGGGCCGGGUGGAACACGGUCACCUGAUCUGGAUCGCAGUGUGGUGCUCCAACGCUACAACUCAGAGACGCAGCUCAACAAAUGCAGUGCUCCGGAAAAAUCUCGACACAGAUUACUGAACAGAAUCUUCAAGAGACGUCACAGGGGUCAGUCCACUGAACCCUUAUGCCUCUCUACAGCCAGCCUGUGUGCAGAUUAACUUCAAUAGAAGACAUGCCAAGUGGAAAUAAACUGUAUACAUUCUUCGCAGAACAAUCCGCAACACUUUAAAACAAAUGUACUGUAUGACGAACCCUACAGUCGGCAGGGUUUGGCUAAUAUAACCGUGCUUUUAUAUUACAAACGAUUUUCACUUCAGUUGUUUGCUUUUUUUACAUAAAUGACUAAA